CGCAGGGCAGGUCGUUCCGGUGUGGCCUCAUUCCCCUCCUCCGCGACACUGCCUGAGCAAGGCCAUGAUGAGGACUCCUGCCUGCCCGAAUUACUACUGAGGCGCAGCCGCUCCCGCGAUGGGCCUCGGACUUCGCUCCCGACCCGGAUAGCUGAGUCCUGCGCGGCCCCUGCAAGGGCACUGCUUCUGGCGUCAGCGCUGUGCAAAUGGGAAGGAGGGCAGAACUGCCACCCUCGGACCCUGGCCGCCCCAGAGGACCACUGACAAGGGUCGCUCCGAGCGCCCCAGGGCCCGCAGGCUCAAGUUCCUCCUCCGCAACCAGGCGGGGGUGCGCGGCCACCCCCUUGGGAAGCGUCGUCCGCGGGGCUGCUGCACACGUGGUUCCGACUCUGCCCCGAGGCCACCGAGCCGGGCCUCUGCCUCCAGGGCCCACCGUGGCGGCGCACUCGGGCCGCCACCGGGCACGCGCAGGGUUUUACAGAGCGUCCCGGGCGGCGGGGAGGGAGGACAGGCGGAGGAGGAGGGGCUGUGCUGCGUGAUGAAAAACGGGGUGACUGUUGAAACUAAAAACCACAUUGCCGUGGACCCUGCUCAGAGCCCUCCCUCUUGCGUCGGACACACUUGCGGGGCUUAAUGGCCAGUGUCUUACUGGGAUACGUGUUUAAGUGGACACGCUCAUCGUACAUUUUGAUCGUGCCUCCAGCAUCCACGCACUGCUCCUGUGACUCAGGGGUCAGGAGUUUGAUCUGUCAAGCUCUAGCUCUUUCAGUCACAAGCGUUGUCACCGUGGGAAGUUUGCUCACCCCCCCUACCCGGGUUUCCCCAUCCGUGAGACAGGAGAAAACGCCGACUUCCUGGGGUGCUGCUAAGACGCAGUCGAGGGGUACAGGGAAAAUACUGAGCGCAGCCCCGGCCUACACUUCCUACUGUGUUGCUCCCGCCUCCCGUGUGAACGGAGUGCAGCUAACUGGUGUGUGCCACCACGCAUGGCUUGAUUCUUUACUUUGGUACAGAACUUCAUCGCGGUGUCAGAAGUGCAGAGCCCUAGUCCUGCCGCCACCACGCCAAGGUGCAGUGAUCUCUAACCCCGUACACUCCUCCCCCAAACCCUCGCCUUGCGAGAGUUGACCAAUAGAGAUGAGCAAGGGGCACAGCAUGCCUCCUGGUCCGCAGAGCGUCCCUGUAUGGUACGUGCUACGUAGUAGCUCGGUGAAAAUGCAGCCUACCAGGAUAAUGAAACUGGGUACGGGUGGCAGAGAAGGGACAAGGACAUGGUGACCCAGGCUUUCGGAACGCAGGAGAGUCGCACGGAGCACGGACUACACUUCCCGUCGGGCUUCGCGGUGGGGCGGGGCAUAACUUCGCGUCAGCCGUCUUCCCGCGCCGUCGGAGGAAGCCCCGGAUGUAGACAUACCCUAGCCUGGUGGGCGUGGCCUCACAGCUUCUCUGAGACUCGUGGCCUUCUUAUUGGCUGGAGGUCUUCCAGCGGGAUUGGACACUAAAAAGGGGGCAGGGCCUGAGGCGCGCGACAAGGCGCAGCGACCAAUCGGAAGCCUGGCUGGGUUUUGGCGCGAGACGAGAACGCUGCUAUACUGCAGAUUUGGCGCGAGCCGAGCUUAGUGGUUCCGCUGUGAGUCGGUGAGAGACCGCGGUGGACAGUGCUGAGGCUGGGCGCCACACGCGAGGGAGCCUGCCACGAGCCGACGCCGUCCGAGCAGCCGGGAGGAGCGGAAACCCUCGAGGAGACGGCUCCGGUGCCGGGAGCGGAAGGAAGCCAAGGUCCGGCAGGGUCGGGUCCUGUCGGGCUGGGAGGGACGGCAGAGGUGGCGGUCGUGGGCCAACCAGGUUGCCAAGUUCUGUGUAUCCAGUGUCGCUGGCGUCAUGCCUCAGACCCGAUCCCAGGCACAGACUACGAUCAAUUUUCCAAAAAAGAAGUUAUCUCGGACAUCGGGCAAAACUCAGAACUCUAGGAACGCUCAACUGGUGCCAGCAAAUGUCCAAGCUACCCCCUCUUCUGCAAAAAUUCUGCCGCUCAGCCCCAGAAAGCGCCUGGGCGAGGACAACCUUUGCAACACCCCUCACCUCGCUCCCUGCUCCCCACCAAAGCAAGGCAGGAAGGAGAACGGCCCCCCUCGCUCGCGUACCCCGAAAGGACGCAGAUUGGUAUUUGACGAUCAGCUGACAGUUAAGUCGCCCAGCAGAAGCCAAGAAGCCCGAGCUCAGCAGCACAAAACGGGCUCCUCCGUGGGGAAGGACGGGGCGAGCCCAGCCGGGUGUGAGCAGAAGCGGCUGCCGGAGAAGGAGCCCGCGCGGCUGCGGCUGUUCAAGCAGGAAGGCACUUGCUACCAGCAGGCCAAGCUCGUCCUCAACACAGCUGUCCCGGACCGGCUGCCGGCCAGGGAGGCGGAGAUGGACGUCAUCCGCGGCUUCCUGAGGGAGCACAUCUGCGGGAAGAAGGGGGGCAGUCUGUACCUCUCCGGCGCCCCUGGCACGGGGAAAACUGCCUGCUUAAGCCGGGUUCUGCAGGACCUCCAGAAGGAAGUGAAGGGCUUUAACACCAUCAUGCUGAACUGCAUGUCCCUGAGGAGCGCCCAGGCCGUCUUCCCAGUGAUUGCUCAGGAGAUUGGUCAGGACGAAGCGCCCCGGGCAUCUGGGAAGGCCGUGAUGAGGAAAUUAGAAAAGCAGAUGACCGAAGAGAAAGGCCCCAUGAUCGUGCUGGUGCUGGAUGAGCUGGACCAGCUGGACAGCAGGGGCCAGGACGUGCUGUACACCCUGUUCGAGUGGCCGUGGCUCAGCAACUCCCGACUGGUGCUGAUCGGAAUUGCCAAUACCCUGGACCUCACAGACAGGAUUCUGCCAAGGCUCCAGGCGAAAGAGAACUGCAAGCCACGGCUGCUGAACUUCCCGCCUUACACCAGAGGUCAGAUCGCCGCCAUCUUAGAGGAUCGGCUGCUUCAGGUGGCUGGGGACCACGUCGUGGACACCGCUGCCAUCCAGUUCUGCGCCCGCAAGGUCGCCGCUGUUUCCGGGGACGUCCGGAAGGCGCUCGACGUUUGCAGGAGAGCAAUUGAAAUUGUGGAGUCAGAUGUCAAAAGCCAAACUGUCCUCAAACCACUAUCUGAAUGCCAGUCACCCUCGGAGCGCGUGCUUCCCAAGCGCGUGGGCCUCGCUCACGUAGCCCGAGUGGUUUCCGAAGUGGACGGGAGCAGGAUGGCUCCGAGCAGGGAGGGAGCCCAGGACUCCUUCCCGCUGCAGCAGAAGAUCUUGGUCUGCGCGUUGCUGCUCCUGACCAGGCAGCUGAAGGUCAGAGAGGUCACGCUGGGAAAGUUAUACGAAGCCUACAGUAACGUCUGUCGCAAGCAGCAGGUGGCAGCUGUGGACCAAUCAGAGUGUUUGUCCCUUGCCGGGCUCUUGGAAUCCAGGGGCAUCGUAGGAUUAAAGAAAAACAAGGAGACACGCUUCACAAAGGUGUCUUUGAAGACAGAAGAGCAGGAGAUAGAGCACGCUCUGAAAGACAAAGCUCUCGUUGGAAAUAUCUUAGCCACUGGCUUGCCUUAAGCUCUUCCGUGUUCCCACCCGGAGGUGCUCAGCUGGCCUCGGAGAGCUGUGGGGUCUUAGUCUGAACACUUAACAUUCUAGGGUCUGAAAACAAACGGGACCCUUUUUACUUGAAUUUUAAUCAUAAAUAUCAGCGCAGAGGAAUAUCCUUGGGUCUUUUUCCUUUUACCCAUAGAUACGUGAUAGAUAAAUGGCGUUCUCUACCUUUCCUGCUUGAGUGUCUUUAACCAGUAUUUUUACAAGUGUAUGAAUUCGUGUUGUGCAGUGUGUGUAUAUUUACCUCUGAGUUCCCUUGGACAGUGUAUAAUUUGUGAAGGACUGCGAGCUCAGGGUAAGAAGGAGGAGACAGAGGGAUCCAGAAAAAUAAGCUCAUCCACGUGGAGAUCGGAGGGGCCCUUGGGCCAAGGAAUUUCUUUUUGGGGUGUGCUCGGUGACCACGGCCGGUGACCACGCUGCGGCAUUCUAAGGACUUGCUGAGUUUAGGGGGUACUCCUACCAUUGUGGGGUGGGGGGGAAAAGGUAACUACGUAUUGUGAAUAUAUUUAUUUUCAGA